UUUUUUCAAAUACCGUUGAUUUGCUACUAUUUUUAAACGGCAUACACUUUAUCGUUUUUAAAAAAAAAUAUUCUUAUCUGCCUAGUUUCGCUUUAAAAAUGUCUACUUCAUGUAAUGGUGAAAUUGAUGAAGAAAAAAAUAAUGACGAAGCUGCUUUUAAAACCGCCACAGCAUCGGUUCUUCUCCGUUCAACUCCAGUACCAGAAAAUUCUGUAACAGUAAAAGGACCCGAUUUUAACCAACAAUUAACUUUACAUGAAUUACUGGAAAAUUAUUCUCGAAUUGGGUUUCAAGCUUUUAGUGUCGGGAAGGCUAUUGAACUUAUAAAUAAAAUGCGUAGAUGGAGAUUAUCAGAUGAACCAAUAUUACCGGAUGAGACAGAAGAAUAUAAAGAUCCAUUAAUAAGAUCUACAACAAAAUGUAAAAUUUUUUUAGGAUAUACGUCAAAUCUAGUUUCAUCUGGAUUACGAGAAAUAAUUAGAUUUUUAGUACAACAUUCAUUGGUUGAUGUUAUAGUAACAACAGCUGGUGGUAUAGAAGAAGAUUUCAUUAAAUGUUUAGGUCCAACUUAUUUAGCAGAUUUUGAAUUAAAUGGAUCAGAAUUAAGAAAAAACGGUAUGAAUAGGAUUGGUAAUUUAAUUGUACCCAAUGAUAAUUAUUGUAAAUUCGAAGAUUGGGUUAUACCUAUAUUAGAUAAAUUAUUAGAAGAACAAAUAAGUAAGGGAAUAAUAUGGUCACCAUCAAAAGUCAUUAAUAGAUUAGGUAAAGAGAUAAAUAAUCCUGAAUCAAUAUAUUAUUGGGCAUACAAGAAUAAUAUUCCAGUAUAUUGUCCAGCUCUUACAGAUGGUUCAUUGGGUGAUAUGAUUUAUUUUCAUACUUUUAAGAAUCCGGGAUUAGUUAUUGAUAUAGUAUCCGAUAUAAAAUCGAUAAAUCAACAAGCUGUAUUUGCAAAGAAAACUGGAGUAAUUAUUUUAGGCGGAGGCAUAGUUAAACAUCAUAUAUGUAAUGCUAAUCUUAUGAGAAAUGGAGCUGAUUAUGCAGUUUAUAUAAAUACUGGUCAAGAAUUUGAUGGAAGUGAUUCAGGCGCUAGACCCGAUGAAGCUGUUAGUUGGGGCAAAAUUAGAAUGAAUGCUGAACAUAUUAAAGUAUAUGCUGAUGCUACAAUUGUAUUUCCACUUAUUGUUGCCGAAACUUUUGCUAAAGAUAUUCAUAAAUAAAAAAGAAAUAAUAAACCUUUUUUUU